AUGCCUAGUUAUUUGCAAAACUAUCAUUGCAAUUUAGCUACUUCUACUUCUCAAUCAUCUACCAGGGAUCCUGUUACUAAUCCAGAAUUAGAACCUUCAUUUUAUCACCAAGCUGUCCAGCAUGCUCAUUGGAGAGCUGCUAUGUUUGCAGAAUUAUCUGCAUUAGAAAUGAAUGACACUUGGGCCCUCACCACAUUACCACCUCAUAAAACUCCUAUAGGUUAUGAAGAAGUUUAUAUGAAGCCUCCUCCAGGUUAUCUUAGCAAGGGGGACAAAAGAGUAUGUAAAUUACAAAGAUCUCUAUAUGGUUUAAAGCAGGUUUCAAGACAGUGGAAUUCCAAGUUUAUCUCUGUGCUGUUUAACAUGGGAUUCUCACAAUCGAAAGCUAACUAUUCCUUGUUUACCAAGAAAGAAGGAAAUUCAUUUGUUGCUCUGUUGUUGUAUAUAGAUGAUAUAUUGCUAGCUAGUAGUGAUAUAGAUUCAAUUGAGAUUGUUAAAAAAUCUCUAAGUGCUGAGUUCAAGUUGAAAGAUUUGGGGCUAGCAAAAUUUUUUUUUAGCAUGGAAAUUGCUAGAUCAAAAAAGGGCAUCUCUUUGUCUCAAAGAAAGUAUGCUUUAGAACUGAUUUCAGAUUCUGGUUUACUUGCCGCAAAAUCAGCCUUAUUUCCUACGGAUACUCAUGUGAAGUUAUCAAAAGAUGAUGGUGAAUUGGUAGAUGAUGUUUUAGCUUACAGAAUGCUAAUUGGCAAAUUAUUGUAUUUGACUCAUACCAGACCUGACAUUACAUUUGCAGUACAUCACCUUAGCCAAUUUUUAGAUAGCCCUCGAAUGCCCCAUUUACAAGCUGCUAUGAGAAUCUUAAGAUAUCUCAAGUCUGCCCUUGGACAAGGCCUAUUGUUUCCAACUUCAUCAAAGGUUCACAUCAAAACUUUUUCAGAUUCAGAUUGGGCUAGCUGCCCAGAUACUCGCAGAUCAAUUAGUGGCUAUUGUAUUUUUAUUGGAAACUCUCUUGUACCAUGGAAAUCUAAGAAGCAACACACAAUAUCUUGA